AUGGCAGGAGGGGGUGAAAAGACCGCCUUUUCCUUUAAGAAGUGCUCCGCUUUCCAGUUUGUCAAGAGAAAGGUACGAAGAUGGAUGAGGAACCCCAAGGUGAGCGUGGAGAAGGCCCAAGGGAAAGGCCUCCUUUACUCCUGUCCAAGGUGUCCACUGGCUGAGGACCUGUGGUACAUGCACUUCCCCUCGCCUUACGGCUGCUGUCACUACAGCGGCCUGCAGGGUGGUCAGUACUAUCACCAGGAGCCAUGCUCACCAUGCCCUGCCAGCGGGCAAACCAGUAGCCAUGACAAGAGCAAGGGCUGCAAGGUCAGGAAGUGGAAGAUGCUUGCUCGCCAUCAUGGCGACGGCACAGGCAAGCAGAAGGAUGCAGAGUCAGACGUGCACCAGGGGGGUUGUCAGUCCUGGGGGAUCCACGCCUCACCCCUCCUGGCCAGCCCUGUCAUGCUGGAGUGCUCCAUCUGCAGUGGGCCCUACAUCAGCUACACCCUGGAGGAAACGUGGCAGCCACGUCAACGCACACAGGCGAUGGACCUGUACUACCACAAUGAGUCAGACCCAGACAGCUACUGUUGCCCUGGCGACAACAGGCCCAAACGCAAGCAGCCUGUUAAUCCAGAAGGGAAAGAGGGCCAGAUAGGAAAAACACUGAGUGGACCUAUUGUUAGUAUUGCCCCCUCUCUUUCGUCCUCUUUCUCCUGA